AUGGAGGGAAGCAGAUCAGAAACUUCUGCAGCUGAAGCGAGUGAGGAAAUAAUUUAUACUUCUGUCAAAUUCUCUCAGACUCCUCUGCCGAGGGCCAAAGCUGCACAGGAAAAAAGAGCUCCCUGUCUGUGGCCAGCAGUUGUGCUGGGCUUGGCUAUAGGCUUUGGGAUACUGAGCAUCUCCCUAGCGAUUGCUUUGAUUUGGAAGAUGAGUGACUCCCACCCACGCUGCCCUGAGCAGUGGGUGGCCUACAGAGGGAGCUGCUACUCCUUCUCCAAGGAGAAGAAGGACUGGCAUUCCAGCCAGCAAUCCUGCAGGGCACAGGGAGCUCAUCUCCUGGUGAUCAGUGAUGCCUGGGAAAUGGACCUGUUCAAGAGUAUUCAAACAGGAUGUUUCUGGAUUGGACUGAGGAACAGCACAGGCUCUGGAUGGAUUUGGGAAGAUGGCUCUGUAUUCAAUGGCACCAGGGUCCUCUGUAACAGCCCUGUGCAACACUGUGUUGUCCUGAUGAAAGAUCACUUUCAGGCCUCCAGCUGUGAAUUUUCUGCUCCAUGGAUCUGUGAGAAAUCUCUUAGAUAA